UGUUCGAAGAUUGGCCUAGAAUUUCUACUGUACAGAUCUAUGCCUUAUCCUCAUCACUGUCGUCGAAUUGAUUUUGCCGAACACUUUCCGCUAGAUCGAAUGUCACGCAAAUCAAGACAUUCUGGCGAAGGAUUAUCGUCUGCUAGCAAAAAGAGAAAAGACCAAGCCAGAAAACAUAACAAUGUGAUCUUUUACUUUGCUGCUGGCUUUAGUCCAACACCAUGGUCAAUGCGGAAGCUUAUGAGUGAUUUGGAUUUAAAUUUGGCAUUCUCACAGCAACAGUGCACAGAUUGGUUUUGUCAUUACACAGAGUCAAAAGAUACAGGAAUGAUUGGUCCAGAAGGAGUUGAACGUCUUUGCCAUGAACUGGAAAUUGCACCAGAAGAUGAUCAGUUUCUGAAGCAUUUUCUGUUACCAACGGAGUCAAGCAAGAAGGCAGGAAUAAACAUUCAGUACAGGGUGUUUUCAAUCUUUGGUGUAAAACUGAAAUCAGAAUUAUCAGAAAUGAGUCUGCUGAUUGCUUUGGGUUGUCAAAUAGUCUUUUAGAAGACAAAAGAGCUGCUUCAGGAAUCAUUGUUUUUGGUGAUGAUACCAUAAAUGAGGACAUCUCACGCAGAAUAUCAAAAACUAGUUCUGGUUUGGAAACUUUUACAUCGAUUGUGGAAGCAACACGAUAUCAAGAUCCAUACCAAGGUGGCAGUGUACAAGCCUUGCAUCUUACCCAUCUUGUUAUGCAGUUGUGAAGCACCUUUUCGGCUCCUAUAUCAACAACUGGACAGCUUCCACUUAUGUUGCAUUACAUCUAUCUGUGGUAUAUACUGGGAAGACAAAAUCUCUAACAUGCACGUUUUGUCAAAGCAAACAUUUGUAGAAUUGAAUUCUAUCUGACUAAAUUACAGCUCAGAUUUGCUGGACAUUUAACUCAUGUGUCAGAUACAAGAAUUUCAAAGCAACUCUGGACAGCCUGAUAAAGGGAAACACCAUCAUGUUAUGCUACAAAUAUAUAUCUUGAAGACCAAUCUGAAGAAGUGUUUUUUGUGUUUAUCUGGUGCUGAUCUAGAAGAGCAACUAGCCAUUAAGUUUUGACAAAGCAGUGUCAUGACUGGUUUCAGUGGACUACCAUCGUUUGUGAAAUUUGCUGUGAAUUCAGUUAGAGCACUUUGUCACACAAGGUCAGUUUCAAGAAAAUUGAAAACGACAGAGUUUGAUUUCUGCUUUUGAUGUGGUUGUCAUGCUAAUUCUAGCAUGGAAGAUGAAUGCACAAAGAAUGGGAUAUUUCUCCCUGGAGGAAUGGACAAGAGGGAUGACUGAUCUUAAGUGUGAUUGUAUCGAAAAGUUGAAAGAAAAGCUACCUGAACUUCAAGCUUGCAUUCAUGAUCCAGAUGUUUUCAAGAGCUUAUAUCGUUAUGGCUUUGAUUUUUCCAAG